CAUGUGUACACAGCUUCCCGCCGCUGUGCAAAGGGAUGAAAAUCGGUGGGAAAAUGGUGGCGUGGAAAGUUGGUACGCCUGAAAAUUGGAGAAACAUUUUGUGAGGAGUUUUGGAGCAGAGCAGACAGUUGCACGGCAUGCUGCUAUGUGAGUGGUGGUGAAGUGGUUGGGUGCAAAAUGUGCUCCACACAAUGACCGACCAUGCUCCUCCCGCUCCCGCACGCGCAGUCGGCGGAUCGCCCAAGCCAGGGCCCAGGCACAGGCUUCUGGCGCAGACGGUGGAGAAUCAGCUGAGCAAGCACUUGUCGAAGAGCGCCGUCGAGUUGAACCGUCGCGGCGGAGGCGACGCUCUCCACCUCUCUACUGCUAAGUACGGCGGCGUCAGCAGCCCUACGCCCGCCCAGUCCACCUCCAACGUCAGCCACAGCGUCUCUGUCGUGCAGAAGACUCACUACUUCUUCUGCUCGCUCAAGGAACGCUGGUCGCGCAGCCGAAGCAAGGAGAGGAAGCUGCGACGGCGCGAUGGAGAGGAUCUCGGGUCGGAGAGAGAGCGCGGACGGGAGAGAGACAGAGAGAGUGCCAGGCCAGCGCUGCAGGACAGUCACAGCACCGACUACGCGGCCGACUACAGCAGCGAACACAGCAGCUCACACACGCCUCUCACCCAGUCGCCGCGGCGCAGGCCGCUCAUCACCACGACUUUCAACGCUAAAACAGAGGCUUCGGCGGUUGGCGAGGGGGGUGAAAUGGGCCAGGCACCCUCUAGCGAGGGGGGCGGGGGGCCCGGGGAUUCUCCGCAAUUGCAGGCGCGCCAUCAAUUACCCUCUUCAGACUACUGUGCGACUGCCGAGGACUCCCCCCCGUUGCUCCAUCUCGACCCCUCUGAAAUUGCAGCAGCAGAAGAAGCAGCUAGAAAAAGAGAGCACGCUCUCCGUCAGCAUUCGUUCUUCCAGUUGAGGAUACACCUGCGGCGGGGCAAAGACCUCAUUGCCAGGGAUAAAAGUGGAACGAGUGAUCCGUAUGUGAAGUUCAAAGUGAGUGGGCGGAUGCUGUACAAGAGUAAAACGAUUUAUCGAGACCUGAAUCCGGUUUGGGAUGAAAGUUUCACACUGCCUAUUGAAGAUCCAUUCAAUCCUAUUCAUAUCAAGGUUUUCGAUUAUGACUGGGGUCUCCAAGAUGAUUUUAUGGGUUCCGCCUCCUUGGACCUAACAACCUUUGAGCUUGGAAAACAGAAUGAUAUCACGCUUGAGCUGUGUGAUCCUGGGAAAAACGAUUACCUUGGUCAAAUAUUCCUCUCAGCUACACUCUGGCCCAGAACUCAGGAGGACAAGGAACAGAAAACUGGUUUAGGUCAGUACUUCCAGAGAAAUGCCAAGAUGUCCGAUAUGAAUCGGAGACUGAAAAGCCAAAUAUGGAGCUCAGUUGUGACUAUAGUACUUGUUGAGGGCAAAACUCUUCUUCCAAUGGACAUCGAUGGAUACAGUGAUCCGUAUGUUAAAUUCAGAUUAGGACAUGAAAAGUACAAAAGUAAAGUCGCUUACAAAACAUUGAAUCCUAGUUGGUUAGAACAAUUCGAUUUGCAUUUGUAUGAUGACCAGUCGCAAGAAUUGGAGGUCACUGUUUGGGACAAGGAUAGGUCAAAAGACGAUUUCAUGGGAAGGUGUGCAAUAGAUCUUAGCCAACUAGAACGAGAGAAGACUCAUAGGAUAAAACAGGACCUAGACGAUGGUGCUGGAGCAAUAUUCCUCUUAUUGACAAUAAGCGGUACAACAGCAUCUGAAACCAUAUCUGAUCUCACCACGUUCGAAGAGAAUCCUAGAGAAAGAAAAAUUGUAGAAGAUAGAUAUACAUUUGUGAGAACUUUCCAUAACCUGAGAGAUGUGGGUCACUUGACUGUGAGGGUGUACAGAGCUCAAGGUUUAGCAGCUGCUGAUUUGGGAGGCAAAUCAGAUCCAUUUUGUGUUCUAGAAUUAGUUAACGCUAGAUUACAGACUCAAACUGAGUAUAAAACGUUGACGCCAUCCUGGCAGAAGAUUUUUACAUUUAAUGUUAAAGAUAUACACUCAGUAUUAGAAGUUACGGUCUAUGAUGAGGAUAGAGAUCAUAAAGUUGAAUUUUUAGGUAAAGUUGCAAUACCGUUGUUAAGGAUACGAAACGGAGAGAAAAAAUGGUAUGCUCUGAAAGACAAAAAGUUGUAUGGGAGAGCCAAAGGCAAUUCUCCUCAAAUACUACUUGAAAUGACUGUCAUAUGGAAUCAAUUAAGAGCAUGUAUACGCACAUUAAAUCCGAAAGAAGAAAAAUACAUGCAACCUGAAGUGAAAUUCAAGAGACAGGUGUUUGUGAGAAAUGUGAUGAGGCUGAAAGUGAUUAUAAUGUGGUUCAUAGACAUUAGUAAAUUUGUGCAGAGUUGUUUUGAAUGGGAAUCGACGAUGCAGAGCAUAGUGUCGCUGGUGCUAUUCAUAGUGCUCUGCUACUACUUCGAGCCCUACAUGAUUCCUCUGGGCAUGCUGCUUGUCUUCCUCAAGUGCUACAUUGUCAGUAAACUACACUGCAUCGCUUGUAGCAAGACUUUGAUAAAUGUGCAGUCAUUGACAGGUGCGUGGGCUGUGAGCGAAGAAGAGGAUGAACCUCUCGGAGAUGAUGACGAUGAUGACGAGGAUAAAGAUAAGGAGGAAAAAAAAAGCUUGAAAGAGAGGUUACAAGCCAUCCAAGAAGUAACGCAAACUGUUCAAAACUCUAUAGGAUAUAUAGCUUCUUUAGGUGAAAGCAUAAAAAAUACGUUCAAUUUCACAGUACCCUUCCUUAGUUACCUGGCUGUGCUCCUCCUGACUUGUGGUGCCAUUGUGCUCUACUGGAUUCCAAUGCGAUAUCUGAUCAUGGCUUGGGGCGUUAACAAAUUCGCUAGGAAAUUGAUAAGGCCCCACACCGUUCCAAACAAUGAAGUCCUAGAUCUUCUCUCUAGAGUUCCAGACAAUGAAGAUUUGAUCGCCUUCCGGGAGUUGAGGCCUCAUUCACUCUCUGACCAGGAUAGAAGAAACCAACGCAAAAAACAUAAAGUCUCCUAGCAAGCGAGUUGAUCCGAAAUUGAACUGUUCUAGUCACCAAAGCCUUUCCAAUAGUAGUUUUAAGACAUUAGAUUUAAUACUGUUGUGUUUAAAGUAUAUAAUAUGCUGAGUUUGUAUAGCUGAUAACAUUUUCCAGUAUUAAAAGUUACCCUCAUUCCGGAACAGGAUGUUCAAAUUGAAGACUGUGUAGCUGUUGUUAUUAUAUAAAGCUCAAAUUCGAAGAAUAAUGGAUGUGCUACUCGUAGCCUAUGUGAAAUUAUAAAGUGAGCCAUAGAUGUUUGUCAAUUUAUUGUAUUUGGAUUAUUUUGUACGAUAGUAUCUGUAUAGUCCAAAAUUUGUUGAUUUGGAAUUUUAUACUGUUUAUAGCAAACAAUAUUCCAUGCCGAUGAUUAAUAGUCUAUUAGAUUGUUAGUUGCUAGCAGUCGAUAUAGUGUAUUAUAUUUAUAAAUACCUUGUGCAUGUUAUGUGAAGCUUUAUAAGAAUUUCAUAUUCAUAUGUUGAUAAAAAGAGCGAAUGAUUUUGAAAUUGUUAUUUGUUACAAGAGAAUGUUUUUAAUUAAUGUUGAAUUUGUAGAAAGUUUGUAAAUAUAACUCUUAAAAAUUAACUCUGUAAAUUUUACAUUAUAACAUAAAAACGUUCAAGACUCGAUAUUUUGAAUCUAGAUGUUGCUUAAAUAAUGUGCUUUCCAUUAUUUCAAAAUAAUUCAUCAUCAACAUAUCUUUUCUCAUUCUAUUUAUAGAUGCAUUAAAUUAAUACAAUGUCAAUUGUAACUAAUGAAAAACUGUCCUCUUUGAACCAUCAUCAAGUUGAUUUGGUCUCCAUUUGAGUUUAGUAAAAGGAAUGGAAUUUUAUAAAAAAACUACUGAGUCUGUUUUUUUUUUUAAUUUCAUUGAACUAAAAUCAUAAAUGUAUUGUUUCA